AUAUUCACUCUUAUUCAAUAUUCAGUGUUCAAUAGUCUUUUUAGGCUUUCUCGUUCUCGUUUUUUUUUCUUUUCUUUUCUUUUUUUUUUUAAUUUCCCACCGAUCCGAUUUUUCUCCCAAAUUCACAUACUUCCGAUCAUCUUCUCCGAUUCCCAAAUCCAUGGCAAGAGGCGCUUCUCAAUCCCAAUCCUCAACCUCCUCUGGCUCUACCGCUAGACCUGGCGUUGUCGCUCCUCGCGGCUCUGCGGCGGCCACAGCUGGCCUCCGCCGCCGCCGUCCCGGCUCUACUUCUGCCACCGCCUCUACUGGACUCGUAGGCGGCGGAUCAAGCGGCGGCGGAAACAUGCUGAGAUUCUACACUGACGAUGCUCCAGGCUUAAAGAUUUCUCCCACUGUCGUCCUCGUCAUGAGCCUCUGCUUCAUCGGCUUCGUCACCGGCCUCCACGUCUUUGGUAAGCUCUACCGUGCACGAUCCGCCGCUGGAGUUUAAUUCUAUGCUCAUUUUGUUUACCGUGCUUUUUCCCUUCCCGAUCUUUUCAUUUCCUAGAUUAAAUGUUCAAGUAUCUCUGUAAAUUUCACAAUCGUUGUUGUACUUUUUUGAGUUUUCAAUUCCAUCACUGUUGUGGACGUAUCAAAGGUAGCAAGAUCGUUCUUUAGCUGAUAA